CUCCUACCAGGUUGAUCCCUGAGGAGUCUGUAGUUAAGCCCCUAUCAUCCAUGGUAGAUAGCCCCCCCAUUCUAUAUAUUCCCCAUUGUUUUUUUUUAUAAUAAUAAAAAUAUAAAUUUACAAUAAUCGAGGCACUUCAAUUUCAACAAAUCCAGUGGGAAACCUGAGAGGAAAUUUUCACCAACCAUGUACAAACACUUUGCUCAGCCACAUUUUCUUCUAAUUUUUAAGCUUCCUCUCUUGUCUCUCUCUAAGACUUCCAUCGUUUUAAGUCUUCUGGGUUUUCUCUCUUCUCCAUUCUCUCUCUGUUCAUAUCCUUCUUCUUCUACUUGGUAGGUUGUUUCUUUCUUUAUUGCUAAGCUUCUUCUUGUUAAUGGUCAAUCUAUUUAUCUUUGGAGUUUUCAAGAUCUAAGAGAAUCCAUUUCUUCAUUUCAUGGAUCUUGUAAGCAAACACUACAUGAUCCAGGGGGCACAAGCUCUUUCUCCUAUCACAACUCCAAGUAGCUCCAUCUUUGGCUCGCAUUCCUCAGGGACAAGUUUUCCCAUUAUAGCCAUUGCCAUUAUAGGGAUUUUAGCCACUGCUUUCUUGCUGGUGAGUUACUACAUCUUUGUAAUCAAAUGCUGCCUCAAUUGGCACCGUAUGGAUCUCUUAAGGCGAUUCUCUUUAUCUCAAAGAGGAGGACCUGAAGACCCUUUAAUGGCGUACCCUCCAGCCCUGGAAGUUCGAGGACUCGAUGAGUCUGUGAUAAGAUCAUUACCAAUAUUUCAAUUCAGUAAAGGACUCAACAGCAAGGAAUUCGGAGAAAGAAACUCUUGUGAAUGUGCAGUUUGUUUGAACGAGUUUCAAGAAGACGAGAAGCUGAGAAUGAUACCAAAUUGUAGCCAUGUUUUUCACAUUGAUUGCAUUGACGUUUGGCUUCAAAACAAUGCAAAUUGCCCACUUUGCAGAACAAGUAUUUCAUCCACAACAAGGUUUCCCAUUGAUCAAAUUAUCGCACCCAGUUCAACUCCUCAAGAUCCAAAUCCAUACACGGGAAAUGUCGUAAGCAAUGAUGAGGAUUAUGUUGUGAUAGAACUGGGCACUCAUCACUCUGUGGAGCAAACAUUGCUUGCAACACAAGAAAGAUUGAAUUCAGGGGACUUAUCAGGGCGGUCAAUUAGUCCUCCUCCGCCGCCGCGAAAGUUAGAACAGAGAAUUGUUCAUAAAAUGGCUAGGAAGUUUCAUAAAGUAACGAGCAUGGGAGAUGAAUGUAUUGAUAUCAGAGACAAAGACGAGCGGUUUGCAGUAGAACCCAUUAGAAGAUCAUUCUCAAUGGAUUCAUCAGCUGAUCCAAAGUUCUAUUCAGCCAUUCAAGAAGCUUUUCAACAAAACAGGCAAGUCAGUGAAGUUAGCCCCAUUGAAGGUUGCAGUAACAGAGUUAGAAGAUCUUUCUUUACUUUUGGCCAUGGCAGGGGAUCCAAAAGGGCAGUUCUACCAGUAUAUUUGGAGCCAUGAAAGAAACAUUAACUUUGUUAGCUUUUUUUAGCAUAGAAAUUUUGGAGACACAGAUUGAAAAUUUUAUUAGUAAUAUAUUAUUUGAAUUGGUUAGAGGCUGGUCCGGUGUAUUCUCAAUGACUUACAGCCAUAAUUGUGAACAUCAUUGCAGAAAGGAGCACUUUUCUUUUCUUUUAUUUAUGUAUAAAAAGGAUAAAAUUACUUUCUUUUCUCUAAUUGAAUCCAGUUAUUGUCUCAUUGUUAGAGUGGACAGACAGAAUGGAAAAUUUUACAAAAGAAAACUUAAAUUUGGGGAGCCCUCCCUGCUCUAA